AUGGAAGUCGCCACCACUUCAUCCGACCAGAACCCUUUCCGCUUCCUCGACCUACCAAAAGAAUUGCGACUCAUGGUUUACGAGCACCUUGUCACUCCUCGUCACUAUGAAGUUCAAAUGCGCUACAAGGAUCGACUCUAUUGUUCCGCUAUCCUCCUUAUACCGGAUCGAAGCCCACCAAUUCACGCAGUCUGCCGAUCUAUCUACGGAGAAGCCAGCGACUUCCUAAGAAAUCUGACAUUGACACAUGCUGUGCCACGCAUUAUCGCGGAAGUUGAUUCUAAAUCGGCGCUCAAUAGGUUACCCGAGCUCAUGAUCCGGAUCCUGAAAAUUAGCCAGCGUGCACGUACCGUCGGCGGCAUCUCAGCUAGAGGAGUUCAAUACAUAUGGAACUCCCACGAUUCGCAGCAGUUCUCAGGAGAUAAGGUGCCCAGCUUUCGGAAGCAAGACUUCAAGACCCUUGCGUGCUUCGCCAAUCUGACAGCGCAGUAUAUCGACCACGUAUUCAUGCCCUGGGAACCCCAAGGUGUGCAGGUUGCUCUUCAUGGCAAAGCAGUUUCCAGCUCAAACAUUCAGGAGUUUUUGAGUAUUCUUGAUGGUUGGGUGUAUUCUCGGGGUCUGGAUGCUUUAGGUCAAGCGAUCACUGUGUACGAGGCCCAUCGAGAGUCAGGAGGGACACAGGUAGAAGAAGAUAUGAGCAGUGAGGACUAUGGUGGAGUCAUCGACAAGAAGACGUGGGAGAAGGACUGGAUGUGA